AUGCGCUGGUCGCAAGGCCAAUCAACCCGACUCCGCUUUUUGGGUACAGGUGCCGUGUGCUCGUUGAUCGCCGUCACAUUCCUCAUCUUCAGCACCAGAUACUCAGCCGAAGUCGCCAAAUAUGCGCUAAAGGCCCCUGUCAAGCAGUCUCCAUUGAGUUUUCCUCCUACAUGCAGAAAUGAUUCUUCCUGGGAGUUUCAGGUCGAAAAAGAUGGGAAUGAUCAUGGGCUUUCCGAAGAACAGUGCCGCGCUGCGUUUCCGAAACUGUUUGUUGAGCUCGAUAAGUCUGCCUCAUUCAGAGAAAGCAAUCCCAUUCAAUUUAAGGAUGUGGAUAGCAUGACGGUGGAGGAUGGGAUGGUGAGGGGUAUUAUUGAUCAUGGAGAGCUCUAUAUUGUUGAUUUUGGCAACAUGCCUGCCACCUUCACGCGGGGGCAGGCGACGUUAAAUUCAUUACAGCGCGCAUUGACCUCAUUCCCGGAUCGAGAUCGUCUUCCGAAUGUUGAGUUUGUUUUGACCACGGAAGACUACAGCAGCGGAGAAGGGCCAAUUUGGUCAUACUCCAAACGCGAUGAAGAUACCAGUGUCUGGCUGAUGCCAGAUUUUGGGUACUGGUCAUGGCCGGAAGUCAGGGUCGGUUCGUAUAAGGAUGCGCGACGCCGGAUUGCCGCAAUUGAUGAUGGGGAAGUAACGGUCGAUGGCCAAGUUAUCCCUGGCAUGCAUUUUCAAGACAAGAAGAAGCAACUUGUUUGGCGUGGCAACAUUGCCACGAACCCCGAGGUGCGCGGCAAACUGUUGAAGGCGGCCCAGGGCAGGAGCUGGGCCAGUAUACGGGUUAUUGACUGGGAUGACGAAAAUGACAUCCGAUUCAAUCUGUUACCUAUAGAAGAGCACUGUCGGUAUAUGUUCCUGGCGCACACAGAAGGGCGCAGCUUCUCGGGACGUGGAAAGUAUCUCCUCAAUUGUCGGUCGGUGGUCAUCUCGCACAAGCUGAUCUGGCAAGAGGCGCACCAUGCCGCUCUCAUCUCCUCUGGUCCUGAAGCGAAUUAUGUUGAAGUUGAACGUGACUUCUCUGAUCUUGAUCACAAAAUUGAGUUUCUCAUAGACAACCCGGAGGCUGCGGAACGCAUAGCAAACAAUGCAGUUAAAACUUUCCGUGACCGGUAUCUCACUCCAGCUGCGGAGUCUUGUUAUUGGAGACAUUUGAUUCGGCAAUAUGCUUCGUCUUCCAACUUUGAACCCGUUUUGUACACUAUGCGGGAGGAUGGGAAAAAGGAGCCUCGUGGCACCCCAUUCGAAACAUGGGUUCUUACUUCCUAG